AUGGGGGCUUCGGACCCGGAAGUGGCGCCCUGGGCUCGCGGCGGUGCCGCGGGGAUGGCGGGCGCUGGAGCGGGAGCCGGAGCUCGCGGCGGAGCGGCGGCGGGGGUCGAGGCCCGGGCUCGCGAUCCGAUGGAUAGCGCAUCUGGGGGCCUUGGCUCCGGGGACAACACCCCGACCACGGAGGCGCUUUUCGUGGCGCUGGGCGCGGGCGUGACAGCGCUCAGCCACCCGCUGCUCUACGUGAAGCUGCUCAUCCAGGUGGGUCAUGAGCCGAUGCCCCCCACCAUUGGGACCAAUGUGCUGGGGAGAAAGGUCCUCUACCUGCCGAGCUUCUUCACCUAUGCCAAGUACAUUGUGCAAGUGGAUGGGAAGAUAGGGCUGUUCAGAGGCCUGAGCCCCCGGCUGAUGUCCAACGCCCUCUCCACUAUGACCCGGGGCAGCAUGAAGAAGGUUUUCCCUCCAGAUGAAAUUGAGCAGGUUUCCAACAAGGAUGACAUGAAGACUUCUCUGAAGAAAGUAGUUAAGGAGACCUCCUACGAGAUGAUGAUGCAAUGCGUGUCCCGCAUGCUGGCCCACCCCCUGCACGUCAUCUCAAUGCGCUGCAUGGUCCAGUUUGUGGGACGGGAGGCCAAGUACAGUGGUGUGCUGAGUUCCAUUGGGAAGAUUUUCAAAGAGGAGGGGCUGCUGGGAUUCUUUGUUGGCUUAAUCCCUCACCUCCUGGGAGAUGUGGUUUUCUUGUGGGGCUGUAACCUGCUAGCCCAUUUCAUCAAUGCCUACCUGGUGGAUGACAGCUUCAGCCAGGCCCUGGCCAUCCGGAGCUACACUAAGUUUGUGAUGGGGAUUGCAGUAAGCAUGCUGACCUACCCCUUCCUGCUGGUUGGUGAUCUCAUGGCUGUGAACAACUGCGGGCUGCAGGCUGGGCUCCCCCCGUACUCCCCAGUGUUCAAAUCCUGGAUCCACUGCUGGAAGUACCUGAGUGUGCAGGGCCAGCUCUUCCGCGGCUCCAGCCUGCUUUUCCGCCGGGUGUCAUCAGGAUCGUGCUUUGCCCUCGAGUAACCUGAAUCACUCUAAAAAAAAAACAUGCCAUCUCAGCCUGGCCACGUGGGUGAGGCCUGCUCAUCUUGGGGCACCUGCAAGAUAAGACAACUCCAACCCAACGCCACCUAGAUGUGCUCCACCCCAACUGGGCUUCAGUUUCCAUAUUUGCCACGUGUCUGUCCAGAGGUGGGGGUGGGGCUGUGCCUAGUGGAUGGGGUCACCUGUUAAACCUGCAGAAGGCGGGCUGGGGUUGGGGAAUUGGGGCAGACUCCCCCUUACUUUUCAGAAUUGCCAAGUCUGCCUGGUGCAAGAACGCAGAGAACAGCUCAUGGAGGCCCAGGUUGGGUGGGGAAAGGCGAACAGGGUCAGAUCACCCCACGCACACACUCACACCCGAGUCAGCCCUGGCACUCAUCCUGCAUCCCGGCUGGGAGCUUCACUCCCUUUGUGUACAUAGGGCGUGCUCCCCUCUCACAAGGCAACCAUUGUGUCUAGGCCUUUGCUAGGAGGCUAGGUUCUGCCUUUUGUUUUCUCAACACUACUUUUCUGAUAGGAGGGCAGCACCUUCUUUGAAUGGGAAAUCAUGUAACUACACAGAACGUGACCCCCUCGUUUAAUGCUCGUCCUUUAUUGGUGACACUUACACAUGCAGGAUCUGGUCCUCUGUGCGGUCAUGAAUACCCAGAAGUCGUGGUGAUCAGUGUCUCUGGUUCUAUCCAGUUUAACAAUUCAUAAUAAGAUUUGACUCUUUUUCCCUCAAAUAAAUGUACUGUGGUGAUUUGGA